UCCCUCCGCCGUCACCGCCGCGAUGCUGCCGCCGUGGUGCCGGAGCGCCGUGCUGCUCUCCCUGCUGCCAGCCCUGCUGCUCGCCGCCCCUCCGCCGCCCGCUUGCCCCGACCGCUGCGAUCGCUCCCGCUGCCCCUCGCUGCCCUCCUCCUGCCCCGGCGGUCCCGUGUUGGACGCGUGCGGCUGCUGCCGCGUCUGCGGGGCGGAGGAAGGAGAGCCGUGCGGGAACGGCGAGGGCGGCCCGCCUUGCGGAGAGGGGCUGCGGUGUUCGGUGCCGCCCGGCGGAGGGGUGCCGGCAUCGGGCACGGUGAGGAAGCGGGCGGCCGUCGGGCGUUGCGUGUGCGCCAGCUCCGAGCCCGUGUGCGGCAGCGACGCCGUGACCUACGCCAGCCCCUGCCAGCUGCGGGCCGCCAGCCGCCGUGCCGAGAGGCUCCGGCAGCCGCCCAUCAUCGCCAUCCAGCGCGGAGCCUGCGGGCAGGGCCAAGAACAUCCUAAUAGCCUGCGGCACAAGUACAACUUUAUAGCAGAUGUGGUGGAGAAGAUCGCUCCUGCUGUGGUUCACAUCGAGUUAUUCCGCAAACUUCCUUACUCCAAGAGGGAGAUCCCUGUUGCCAGUGGCUCGGGCUUCAUCGUCUCAGAGGAUGGGCUGAUAGUGACCAACGCACACGUGGUCACCAACAAGAACAGGGUGAAGGUGGAGCUGAAGAACGGGGAAACAUACGAAGCUAAAAUUAAAGACGUUGAUGAGAAAGCUGACAUUGCACUAAUUAAAAUAGAUGCUCAGGGUAAAUUGCCAGUCCUUCUGCUUGGUCAGUCUGGAGACUUGAGGCCUGGAGAGUUUGUGGUUGCCAUUGGAAGUCCAUUUUCGCUCCAAAACACGGUGACAACAGGGAUUGUCAGCACCACGCAGCGCGGAGGGAAGGAGCUGGGGCUCCGCAACUCCGAUAUGGACUACAUUCAGACAGAUGCCAUCAUCAAUUAUGGAAACUCCGGAGGACCUUUAGUAAACCUGGAUGGUGAAGUCAUUGGAAUUAACACACUGAAAGUUACGGCUGGGAUCUCAUUUGCUAUUCCAUCUGAUAAAAUUAAGAAAUUCCUAACUGAAUCCCAUGACAGGCAAGCUAAAGGAAAGGCUAUAACCAAAAAGAAAUACAUUGGCAUACGAAUGAUGUCACUAACUCCUAGCAAAGCUAGAGAGCUGAAAGAUCGCCAUAAAGACUUUCCUGACGUUGUCUCUGGGGCCUAUGUUAUUGAUGUAAUUCCAGAAACACCAGCUGAAGCUGGUGGCCUGAAGGACAAUGAUGUGAUUAUAAGCAUCAAUGGACAGUCGAUAACUUCAGCCUCUGAUGUCAGUGACAUUAUUAAAAAGGACAGUACUUUGAACAUGGUUGUUCGCAGGGGUAACGAAGAUGUUAUGUUAACAGUAAUUCCUGAAGAAAUUGAUCCCUAACCAGAAACAUGAGCUGGAUUUCAUGUUUUCUUUUAACAGCGUUGGACUGCUUAUAUUCUCUCUGUGCUGGUACAGGAAACGUUAGACUUCUGACCAACGUUCUGCUUCUUCAGCGGAUUAGUAUUGGCCAACAGAAUAACUUCUAAUAGGUUUAAGGUGCAAAGAUCCGUGUAAUUUCACAUACUCCAGACGAUAAUUUUUCCUUCUGUAUUAUAUAUGCAAUGUACUCUUUACUGGCUAUUACAUUCCCCGCUUAACAAAUCGACAUUUGCUUCCCUGUGUUGAAUAGAUUUUCCAUUAUUUCCACUAAGAUUUAAACAAAACCCACGCACGCAGUGUGUGCUGUGGUAUUCAGGUAUUUAUAGGUUAGCUGUGUUUUAACUGGAAAUGCCAUUGUAAAGGAGUAGUUGGUUUAAAGUAAAACACAACUGGGUAAAAAGUUUGGCUUAUAAACACAGAUAUCCCAACCGAAAUAACCCCCUGAGAGCAGGAUUUUAAUAUUAUGAUAUUUUCCUAGUGUUAUUAAAAGACUUCAACAGUA